AGCACCCGUCUUACCUGAGUGCCUGAAGACUCAAGGAAACCAACAAUGGAUAAAAACCUGUUUGGCGGAGUGCCGCGGUUUCUCACCCGCCCGAAGGCGUUCGCGGUGUGCGCGGGCAAGGACGCCACGCUGAGCUGCACCAUCGUGGGCAGCCCGACCCCGCUGAUCACCUGGGAGAAGGACAAGCUGAAGCUGACGUCCGGCGGCCGCUUCAAAACCGUGGAGGACGGAGACGCGUACCGCCUCACCAUCUACGACUUGACGCUGGAGGACAGCGGCCAAUUCAUGUGCCGGGCCAAAAACAGCGUCGGGGAAGCGUACGCCGCCGUGACCCUCAAAGUGGCGCUGCCGACCGAGAUGGCUCACAGGGCCCCCGGGUUCAUGGUCAAGCCCGCCUCCGCUCGCGUGGGUUUGGGAGACGACGUCGUCUUCCACUGCCGGGUCGUCGCCUACCCCGACGCCAACUUCGACUGGGAGAAAGACGGCCGCUACUUGGGGGAGACCAACCGCAUCAAGGUCGUUUCCGACGGCGACAGCAGCAUCUUGAAGAUCCAGAGCGCGCGUCACCUGGACAGCGGCACCUACACCUGCAGGGCGCAGAACGCCGUCGGGCGCUCGCACGCCGCGGCCGCUCUCGUCGUGGACGCCCAGGAUUCACGCCACCUGGCCGCGGACAAAAACACCUCCCUCCUUUCUCACCUGCAAAAGCGCAAGGAGGAGAUGAACAAGGACAUCUCCAUCUACCGCACCGAGGAAAGCAGAUCCUCCGUUUCCUCGUCGACGUCCCCCUCCUCCAAGGCCAACGUCGCCGACGGCUUGAGUUCUCUGAGGCUGCCCAAAGGUGUGUUCACCCGCACCUGCACGGUGACCGAGGGCAAGCACGCCAAGCUCAGCUGCUUCGUGACGGGUCACCCUAAACCCCACAUCAUCUGGAGGAAGGACGGAAGCAACAUCAACGAGGGCCGCAGGCAAGUCAUCUACGAGGACCAAGCCGAGAACUUCAUCCUCAAGAUCCUGUACUGCAAGCAGAGCGACAACGGCCUCUACACCUGCAACGCCACCAACAUGGCGGGCCAGACCUACAGCGCCGUGUUGGUCACGGUCAAAGAGCCGAAGGUGCCGUUCAGGAGGAAGCUCCAGGAUGUGGAGGUUCAAGAGAAAACCUCGGCCACUCUGAUGUGCGAGGUGCCCGUCAGCGCCACCCAGGCCAGCUGGUUCAUGGAGGAGACGCGGCUGCAGCAGAGCAACAAGUAUUACAUCGAGCAGGAAGGCAACCUUCGACGUCUCAUCAUCCACAACGUCACCACCAACGACGACGGCGUUUACAUCUGCGAGAUGAAGGAGGGCAGUCGCACUGUGGCGGAGCUCACCGUCCUGGGCAACAUAACGAAGAAACUUCCCCGGAGGACAGUGGUCCCCGUCAGUGACACCGUCAUCUUCUGUGUGGAGCUGGAGCAUCCCUUCCCGGAUGCUUACUGGACCCGCAAUGGAGAGAAACUCAAGAAAGAUUCCCGUAUUUCCAUUGCGUGCACGCUCAGACAAUACACGCUCACCAUUAGAGACUGCCAGGCGGACGACUCCGGAGAGGUGGCCUUUGUGGCUGGAGACUGCAAGACCUCCACUCGGUUCUCCGUCACCGCUGCAAGGAAGCAUCCUCCCGACCCCCCCGUCGACGCCGUGGUGCAGAACAAGACCGACUCAUCCGUCACCAUCCGGUGGUCUCCUCCAGACAGCGACCGCCCUGUGCCCAUCAAGGGCUACAUUGUGGAGAAGAAGAAGAUUGGCACUCAGACAUGGCAGAGGUGCAACGCCGGGGAAACCGUCGUUUCGACGGAGAUCACCGUCUGCAGCUUCACGGAAGAGGCCACCUACCAGUUCCGUAUCUCCGCUAUGAACGACUUUGGCCAAAGUCCCCACCUGGAGGUGCCUGGGAGCUUCUUCCUGGAACCCAGUGCUGACAUCAAGAAAGGCCUGGCGAACAGCGUCGCGACCUCCGGCGAGGAGUUCUCCAUCUCCGUGGAGCUGUCCGCCGUUUGCUCCGGCUUCUGGUCUCUGGGCGGCCGCCUCCUGCGCAGCGGAGCGGACUACCUCAUCACCAGGUCCAAGAACACGCACACUCUGCUCAUCCGGGUCGUGACCGCGGAAAUGAACGGAGCCGAGGUCAAGUUUGUGGGCGGAGGCUCGCAGAGCGGUUGCAUCCUAUCUGUGACGGCUCCUUCUUUUAAGUUCACCAACAAGUCAGAUGUGCUGGAGGUGGUGAGCUGCAGUGCCCAAGCCACCGCUCAGCUGACUGCUGAGGUGUCGGAUUACGAUGCACAGGUGGUUUGGAUGAGGAACGGGCGGGAGGUGAAAACGGGAAAAAAGUACGAAUACAUGAACGUCGACCGCAAGAGGACCCUUACGGUCCACAACGUCACGGAGGAAGAUGUCGGCACCUACGAGUGCGUUUUAGCCGACGACAGAAUGCCCCUGCAACUCUCUCUCAAAGAUGAACCCGCCAAAUUUCUGAACAAAGCCAGAGGCACCGUGGGGAUGACGUCGUCCCUCAAAGGAGAUCUGGAGCUGAGCUGCGAGGUUUCUCCCGCCAGCGCGGCCGUCGUGUGGAGAAAGGAUCAAGCGCAGAUGGCCGAGGACCAAAGGACCGCCUUCGUCUCCAAAGGCACUCAAAGGAAACUCGUCAUCAAGAACGCCAAGAAACGCGACGAAGGACAUUACUCCUGCGAGACGGCGGCGGACAAAGUCACAUUCCAGGUCAAGAUAAAAGAAACUCAAGCCGCAUCGGCAUUCUCCAACAAGGAGUCGGUCCAGAAGCAGGUGAAAGCCACGCUCUCCCAGAAGGCGACCCUCAGUUGCAGUGUUUCAGAUGGCAAAACGGAGGUGAAGUGGUACAAAGACGGCAAGUUGUUGAUAUCCAGUAGGACGAUAUACACCGAGGCGAAAGGCGACGCUCGUCAGCUGGUGAUUGAAAAGGUCGAGAAGAGCGACGCCGGAGAGUACACAUGCGAAGCCGGAGAGGACAAGCUGGUCUUCAAGAUAUUUGUGUCCGAGACUCAAUCGGCCUUCUCCAACAAGGAGUCGGUCCAGAAGGAGGUGAAAGCCACUUCCUCCCAGAAGGCCACUCUGAGCUGUGAGCUAGCUGACACCAAGACGGAGGUGAAGUGGUACAAGGACGGCAAGCUGCUGACUUCCAGUAAGACCAUCCACACCGAGUCGAAGGGCAAGAGUCGCCAGCUGGUGAUCGAUAGCGUGGAGAAGAAGGAUGCCGGAGAGUACGUCUGUGAGGCCGGAGCCGAGAAGCUGGUCUUCAAGAUACAGGUGGCAGAGGCCCAGUCAGCCUUCUCCAACAAGGAGUCGGUCCAGAAGGAGGUGAAAGCCACUUCCUCCCAGAAGGCCACUCUGAGCUGUGAGCUAGCUGACACCAAGACGGAGGUGAAGUGGUACAAGGACGGCAAGCUGCUGACUUCCAGCAAGACCAUCCACACCGAGUCGAAGGGCAAGAGUCGCCAGCUGGUGAUCGAUAGCGUGGAGAAGAAGGAUGCCGGAGAGUACGUCUGUGAGGCCGGAGCCGAGAAGCUGGCGUUCAAGAUACAGGUGGCAGACACACAGGUCCAGUCUGCAUCCUCUCACAAGGAGUCGGUCCAGAAGGACGUGAAAGCCACGCUCUCCCAGAAGGCCACUCUGAGCUGGGAGGUUUCUGACUCCAAGACGGAGGUGAAGUGGUACAAGGACGGCAAGCUGCUGGCCACCAGUAAGGCCAUCCACGCCGAUUUGAAGGGCAAGAGUCGCCAGCUGGUGAUCGACAGCGUGGAGAAGAAGGACGCCGGAGAGUACGUCUGCGAGGCCGGGGCCGAGAAGCUGGUCUUCAAAUUACAAGUGGAAGGUGUUUCUCCUGAGGCUAAAUCCCCUUUCAUCAACAAAGAGUCCGUGCAAAAGGAAGUGAACGCCGCUCUCUCCCAGAAGGCCACUCUGAGCUGCGAGGUAGUCGAUAACAAGACGCAGGUGAAGUGGUACAAGGACGGCAAACCGCUGAGCACCAGCAGAGCAGUUCACACGGAGUCAACGGGUCAGAUCCGUCAGCUGGUGAUCGACAGCGUGGAGAAGAGAGAUGAAGGAGAAUACGUCUGUGAAGUGGGAACACACAAAGUGGUGUUUAAAGUACAGGCGACAGAGAUCAAAUCGGCUUUCUCCAACAAGGAGUCGGUCCAGAAGGAGGUGAAAGCCACUUCCUCCCAGAAGACCACUCUGAGCUGUGACGUCUCUGACACCAAGACGGAGGUGAAGUGGUACAAGGACGGCAAGCUGCUGACUUCCAGUAAGACCAUCCACACCGAGUCGAAGGGCAAGAGUCGCCAGCUGGUGAUCGAUAGCGUGGAGAAGAAGGACGCCGGAGAGUACGUCUGUGAGGCCGGAGCCGAGAAGCUGGUCUUCAAGAUACAGGUGGCAGAGGCCCAGUCAGCCUUCUCCAACAAGGAGUCGGUCCAGAAGGAGGUGAAAGCCACUUCCUCCCAGAAGGCCACUCUGAGCUGUGAGCUAGCUGACACCAAGACGGAGGUGAAGUGGUACAAGGACGGCAAGCUGCUGACUUCCAGUAAGACCAUCCACACCGAGUCGAAGGGCAAGAGUCGCCAGCUGGUGAUCGAUAGCGUGGAGAAGAAGGAUGCCGGAGAGUACGUCUGUGAGGCCGGAGCCGAGAAGCUGGCGUUCAAGAUACAGGUGGCAGAAGCCCCAGCUGGAUUCUCCAACAAGGAGUCGGUCCAGAAGGAGGUGAAAGCCACUUCCUCCCAGAAGGCCACUCUGAGCUGUGACGUCUCUGACACCAAGACGGAGGUGAAGUGGUACAAGGACGGCAAGCUGCUGACUUCCAGCAAAGCGGUGCACACGGAGUCAAAGGGCAAGAGUCGUGAGCUGGUGAUAGAGAAAAUGGAUAAAAAAGACGUCGGAGAAUACGCAUGUGAGUCCGGAGCGGAAAAGCUGGUAUUUAAGCUGCAGAUGACAGACGCAGCCGUCAAGUUCCAGAGGACGCUUGUCAAAGACACGUGUGUCGUGGAAGUUAGUGAAAAAGUCGUUUUGAGCACUGAGCUGACCAAAGAGGGCGGUAGUGUGACGUGGUUCAGAGAAGGUGUGGAGCUCAAGGAGGGCAGCAAGUAUGAAAUGAAAAAAGAGGGCCUGUCUCGUACCCUGAUAGUAAAAUCCUCAGAAUCCAAAGACAGCGGGACGUACUCCUGUCAAACGGCUGAUGACAAACUAGAGUUCAAAGUUCAAGUUAAAGAUCCAGCUCUGAAGUUUGUCGUCCCUCUGAAAGCUGCUACGGUGGAGCUGGGAGGUACGCUCACCCUGACGUGUGAACUGAACCGAGCCUCGGGGGACGUCGUCUGGCGCCACGAUGGUCGCGAAAUCAAACCCGGAGGCCGCCACUGCGUCAGGGCAGACGGCGCUAAGCGGGUUCUCGCUGUGACCGGCGCGACUAAAGAAGACGAAGGGGACUACGACUGCGAGUGUCGAAACGACAAGACCUCCGCCAGAGUCUCUUCGAAAGCACCCAGACUGGUGAGGCUGACCGCCAAGCUGAACAACGUGGCCGCGACGGAGGGUAAAGACGCCGUUUUCAAGUGCGCCGUCAGCCCGGCGGACGCCGACGUGAAAUGGUUCCACAACAACGUGCCCGUCACCGCGGGGCCCAGGUACAGGAUCGAGCGUGGCGGCGGCAGUCACUCGCUCACCAUCGCCUCCGUCGCCCAAAAGGACGCCGGGGAGAUUAGCGUCGACGCGGAAGGCAAAAGCUGCAAAGCUUCCCUACAAGUGCAGCAUGAGCCUGUGACAUUUAAGAAAAAGCUAGAAAACCUGACAGCGGAGGAGCAGAGUGAAGUGAAGCUGGAGGUGGAGCUCAGCAAGCCGUCGGAGGAAGUGAGGUGGAUGAAGAACAGCGUCGUGCUGCAGCCCGCAGGGAACAUGGAGAUUCGGGUCGACGGCGCGAAGCAGACGCUGGUCUUCAAGAGUGUGACUUGUGCUGACCGGGGCGUCUACUCCUGUGAAACUCUGGACGACAAAACCCAGACCAAGCUCAAUGUGGAGAUGAAGAAGAUCCAGGUCACGAAGGGGCUAACAGAAACCCAGGUGCAUGAGACGGAGACGGUAACAUUUGAGGUGGAACUCAGCCAGGCGGAUGUCGAAGGCUCCUGGACCAGGGACGGGGCCAAGUUAAAGUCGGGGGCCAACUGCCGCAUCACAGCUCUGGGAAAGAAGCAGGCCUUAACGUUGUCCAAUCUCAAGAGGGAAGACGCGGGAACUAUUUCCUUCCAAGCAGAAGGAGUGCACAGUUCGGGCAAACUGAUUAUCACAGAGCCUCCUGCUAUGAUCUCCAAGCCCCUCGUGGAUAUCGCCGCUCCCGAGAAGGAGAAGGUUACUUUCGAAUGCGAGUUGUCCAGAACGAAUGCAGAUGUUAAAUGGUUCAAGGAUGAUGCAGAACUGAAAGUGGGUAAGACCUUUGGCAUCCACUCCUCGGGCCGAAAGCGUUCUUUGGUCAUCAACAAAUGCACCAAUGGAGAUGCAGGAACUUACAUCUGUCGCACCGCCGAUGACAACACCGCCGCCACGCUCACCGUGCACGCCAGAGAUAUUAAGAUUGUUAAGAAGCUGGAGGAUGUGGAAGUGAUGGAGAAGGAGAGCGCUGCGUUCGUCUGUGAAAUCUCACACGAUGAAGUGGAGUGCCAGUGGCACAAAGGAAGCAUCAAACUCAAAGCCGGGGACAACAUCAAGAUGAGACAGGAGGGCAGAACCCAUGUGCUCCUGUUUAAGACCGUCGCCCCAGAAGAUACGGGUGAGAUCAAGUUCACGGCUGACAAAGCCUCUUCAGCUGCACGACUUAAAGUGAAAGAGCUGCCCGUGAAGUUUGUGAAGAGACUCAGGGAUAAGAUAGCGAUGUAUAAGCAUCGCGGUCACCUCGAAUGCCAAGUGUCACGCGCCAGCGCAAAGGUGAAGUGGUACAAGAACAAGACGGAGCUCAAACACGGCAAGAAGUACGAGAUCAGAAGCGAAGACGUGUACCGAAAACUCCUCAUCAACGACGUGGACUCCGGAGACGAAGACACCUACACCUGUGACGGCACCGAUGACAGGACGUCCUGUAAACUCCUCGUAGAAGAGCAGGCAAUCAGCAUUGUGCGGGAGCUUAGCUCAGUGGAAGUGACCGAGCCCUUCGCAGCUGUCUUUGAAGUUGAGAUCAGCAUGGAGCUGGUGAAACCUCCCACAUGGACCCUGAAUGGAGUCGCCGUGCAGGAGAGCGCCGAUGUCGAAAUGGAGAAAGAGGGCGCUAUGCACCGUCUCACGUUCAAAAAGACCAAAGCAUCAAUGACGGGACCCGUGCAGUUUACAGCUGGGAAGAGCAAAUCUUUAGCUCAGCUCGCAGUGAAAGAGCGCCCACUUGAGGUCGCAGAGCCCAUGAAAGACGUGAAGGCGAAGGAGAAAAGCUCGGCGAUACUCACCUGCAAAUUCUCUGCCUCACCCAAAGAGGUCAAGUGGUUCAAGGGUCAGGGGCCUCUGGCAGCGUCGGACAAGUAUAACAUAAAGCAGGACGCUACGAGGGCUCAGCUCACCAUUCAAAGGUUGACUGAGGAAGACAGUGGAGAGUACCGCUGUCGGUCUGGACCCGCUGAGACCAAAGGGACUCUUACUGUUGAAGCGCGCGACAUCAAGAUCACCAAGCACCUGGCUGACACGGAGGUCGACGAAGACAGCGACGCGGCGUUCACGUGUGAGAUCAACUACGCCGACGAAGAGGUGCAGUGGCUUCUGAGCGACAAGGUGCUCUUCACCAAUGAAGUCAACGCCAUCACGCACGACGGGAAGGCUCACAAGCUCACGCUGAAGAACCUGGCCCCUCAGGAUGGGGGGACUAUCACCUUUAAGGUCCGCAAAGUGAAGGAGUCCGUGACACUUAAGGUCAAAGAGAAGCGCGCGGUGUUCCUCAAGUCUCUCGAUGACGUCAUCGGAGAGGAGAAAGGCAUGAUAACGCUAGCGUGCGAGGCGUCCAAGCCCAGGGUUUCUCCGACGUGGAGAAAAGAAAGCCAAGUCUUGAAGGCCGGCUCGAAGUACGAGCUGCUUCACACCGGCAAGUCGUUGGGACUGAUCAUCAAGGACGUCACCAAUGAAGACGCCGGAGAGUACAGUUGUGAUCUUGGAACCGAGGUUUCUAAAGCCAAGGUCACUGUGAGAGAGAUUGGCAUUGGAAUUACCAAAUGGCUGAAGUCAGCCGAGGUGAAUGAGGGAGAGACGUGCAGCUUUGAGUGCAUCUUAUCUCGGGAGAGCACGGAUGAGUGUUCCUGGACUCUCAAUGGCCACGCUGUCGCCAAUGGAGGCCGCUUCAAGGUCACCAGUAAAGGACGCAAGUACAUGCUGACCGUGAAGGACGUCGUUCCUGCCGAUGCUGGAGAGGUGGUCUUAAACAUUAAAGACCUGAGCUCCAAAACAACAUUAACGGUCGAAGCCGCAGCUUCGUCCGUGUCUCAAGGACUGCAGAGUGUUAGUGCUGUUCGAGGGGAAGAUGCUGUGUUUACCUGCGAGGUCACGCAGUGUAGUUCCACUGUAAAGUGGGCCAAGGAAAGCAAAACCAUCAAAAAGAGCCAGAAGUAUGACAUUAGCCAAGAGGAUAAGGUCAUGAAGCUGAUCGUCCUUAAUGUCGCUGCUCAAGACUCUGGAGAGUACAGUUGUGAAGUUGUUGGAGGUGCGACCACUAGAGCCACGCUGGACGUCAGGGAGCCAACCCAUGUAUUCACUAAAGCGCUUAUGGACAGCCGAGCUGAGGAGGGGAGCGCUGUGGUGUUGCAGUGUGAGAUUGCACAAUGCCCGUCCACUGUGAUAUGGCUUAAAGGCCCCGCAGAGCUCAAGGCUGGAGGUCGAUAUGAGAUGUCCCAGAAGGACGGGAUCCUAACUCUCACCAUCAAACACCUGGAGGAGAAAGACACUGAUAUCUACACCUGUGACGUGGGCACUGCCAAGAGCGUGGCAAAGGUGACGGUCAACGCAUUGCCGCCAACCUACAUAGAGAAACUGCAGAGCCAGGAGGCCGAGGAGGGAGCGAGUGUCACUCUCUGUUGUGAGCUCUCUAAACCUGGAGUCCCUGUGGAGUGGAAGAAGGGAACUCAGAUCCUGAAGUCUGGACAAAAGUACCAGAUGAAGCAGAAGGCCUCUGUGAACCAACUCCUGAUAGACCAGGUGGAGCCAGAAGACAGUGGAGACUACAGCUGUGUGUGUGGAGACCAGAAGACCUCAGCCAGCCUGAAGAUCAAGGCCCGACCAGUGACCUUCAAACAGAAGCUGGAGGGCCAGGAGGCCGAGGAGGGAGCGAGUGUCACUCUCUGUUGUGAGCUCUCUAAACCUGGAGUCCCUGUGGAGUGGAAGAAGGGAACUCAGAUCCUGAAGUCUGGACAAAAGUACCAGAUGAAGCAGAAGGCCUCUGUGAACCAACUCCUGAUAGACCAGGUGGAGCCAGAAGACAGUGGAGACUACAGUUGUGUGUGUGGAGACCAGAAGACCUCAGCCAGCCUGAAGAUCAAGGCCCGACCAGUGACCUUCAAACAGAAGCUGGAGGGCCAGGAGGCCGAGGAGGGAGCGAGUGUCACUCUCUGUUGUGAGCUCUCUAAACAUGGAGUCCCUGUGGAGUGGAAGAAGGGAACUCAGAUCCUGAAGUCUGGACAAAAGUACCAGAUGAAGCAGAAGGCCUCUGUGAACCAACUCCUGAUAGACCAGGUGGAGCCAGAAGACAGUGGAGACUACAGCUGUGUGUGUGGAGACCAGAAGACCUCAGCCAGCCUGAAGAUCAAGGCCCGACCAGUGACCUUCAAACAGAAGCUGGAGGGCCAGGAGGCCGAGGAGGGAGCGAGUGUCACUCUCUGUUGUGAGCUCUCUAAACCUGGAGUCCCUGUGGAGUGGAAGAAGGGAACUCAGAUCCUGAAGUCUGGACAAAAGUACCAGAUGAAGCAGAAGGCCUCUGUGAACCAACUCCUGAUAGACCAGGUGGAGCCAGAAGACAGUGGAGACUACAGUUGUGUGUGUGGAGACCAGAAGACCUCAGCCAGCCUGAAGAUCAAGGCCCGACCAGUGACCUUCAAACAGAAGCUGGAGGGCCAGGAGGCCGAGGAGGGAGCGAGUGUCACUCUCUGUUGUGAGCUCUCUAAACCUGGAGUCCCUGUGGAGUGGAAGAAGGGAACUCAGAUCCUGAAGUCUGGACAAAAGUACCAGAUGAAGCAGAAGGCCUCUAUGAACCAACUCCUGAUAGACCAGCUGGAGCCAGAAGACAGUGGAGACUACAGCUGUGUGUGUGGAGACCAGAAGACCUCAGCCAGCCUGAAGAUCAAGGCGGUGACUCUGCCAACUACCGGACAGACUCCUAAAGAGCAGCUCCUCAAACAGGAGAUCCAGAGAGAUUCACGAGAGCUCAAAGUGGGAGGUGAAGUUCUUCCCGUCGUCGUCGUUCGAGACCUGGAGAGCCGAGAGGCCGAGGAGGGCCACGCCGUCACUCUGCGCUGCGAGCUUUCUAAACCCGGACUCCCCGUCGAGUGGAGGAGGGGAACUCGAGUGCUGAGUCGCGGAGAAAAGUACCAAAUGAAACAAAUCGGAUCGAGCUACGAGCUACAGAUCUCGGAUCUGACACCCGGAGACACGGGAAGCUACACGUGCCGUUCGGAGGACGCGCUGUGCUCGGCCUCUCUGGUCGUAAACGCUGCCCCGGUUAUUUUCACAAAAGAGCUCGAGAGCCAAACGGCUGACGAGGGGGACAGCGUCACCCUCCACUGUGAGCUUUCUAAAGCCGGUGUUCCUUUGGAGUGGAGGAAAGGGGAGCUCGGCCUUUGUCCUUGUGCCAAGUAUGACAUUAGACAAGCGGGACACCUGGCGUCACUAGUCAUCCACGACGUGGACCCCGAGGACGCCGGGAGUUACACAUGUGACGCCGCGGUCCAUCGAAGCGCUGCACAACUAGACGUGAAGGCCCGGCCUGUCCUUUUCAAAACGCAGCUGCAAAACCUCGAAAGACGGGAAGGGGAGAGCGCUAGUCUUCGCUGUGAGACCACAACGCCGGGCGCCGGCGUCGUCUGGAGGCUCGGCGACAGGCCGCUGGCGUCCAGCGGCAAGUAUCACCUGAAACAGGAAGGAACCGUGGUGGAGCUCGCCAUCUAUAAACUGCAGGGGGCUGACUCGGGAGAAUACUCCUGCGAUACGGGCGACCAGAGGACUUCAGCUGUCCUCACCGUGCAGGAGGUCGAGGUUAACAUACUGAACUUCCUGGAGAGCUGCGUUGUGUACGAGGGAGAAGACGUUCACUUUGAAUGUCGGGUUUCUCGCGGGGACGCGCCUCAGGCUCAGUGGAAGCUCCAGGACGUCCCGCUGCAGGAUAACGAAAUGAACCUGAUCCUGCGCGAGGGUCCCGUGCACGGCCUCACGCUCAGAGGCGUCACGCCGGCUGACUCGGGAACAGUCACUUUCACAGUGGGUAACCACACUUCCACCGCUUCUCUGACAGUUAGAGCCGCACCUGUGCUAUUCAAGAAGGAGCUGGAGAGUCAAGAGGCCCGUGAAGGAGACGCGGCCACCCUGUCCUGUGAGACCUCCAGCCCCGACUGCCAGGUGAUCUGGCUGAAGGGCUCCACGGUGCUCACCCACGGAGAAAAGUACAACACGGAGCAGAGAGCCAGCACUCACAUCCUGGUCGUGCACAAGCUGAAUGUGCAGGACGGUGGAGAAUACACCUGUGACACAGGGGGGAGGAAAAGUACAGCUACCCUGACUGUGAAAGAGCAUGUGCGCCUCGUCCGGGAGCUCUGCGACCUCACCGUGGCCACCGGGCAGGACGCCGUCUUCGAGGUCGAGUUGUCUCACUCCGGCGUGACGCACGGGGAAUGGUGGCUCGCAGACAACCUCCUUCAAAAUAACGACCUGAAUCAAAUGAGCGUCCGGGGCGCGGUGCACCGUUUGGUCCUGAAGAUGGUGACCACGGAUGAGUCGGGGGACGUCGCCUUCGUGGUGGGAGAAGAGAAGACCGUGGCCUGUCUCCUGGUGGAGGAGAAACCCAAAGUGCUAAUACUAGAGAGGCCCCACGACACUGUGGCAGUAGAGGGUGAAACCGCCACGCUGGCCUGCACCGUCUCUGACGCCAAGGCCGCAGUCAGCUGGAUCAGAAACAACGUGGCCGUCCAAGCCGGCCUCAAGUACGAGCCGAGGAGCAACGGGGCCUUCCGCCAGCUUUGUAUCCACAACCUGGUGCCCGAGGACUCGGGAACGUACACGUGUGACACUGGAGAUGCACAGUGCGGCGUCACCUUGACCGUGGAAGGUGCCCCAGUGUUCUUCCGCAAAGAGCUCAAGAACCUGGACGCCUUAGAGGGCGAGGAGGUCACCCUGCGCUGCGAGCCGUCUAAGCCGGGCGUUCGUGUUGAGUGGAGGAAAGGGGGCAUGGUCCUCCAGCCCGGUAAGAAGUGCGAGAUGAGGCAGGAAGGGUGCGUUCAAGAGCUCGUUUUACGGAACCUGGAGCCUGAGGACAGUGGCUACUACACCUGUGAUGCAGGAGACCAGCUCACCACAGCGUCUUUGGCGGUGCAAGUGAAAGAAGUCUUCGUAGUGUGUGGUCUUAAGACCAUCGACGUCUUUGUUGGGGAGUGGGCAACCUUCUCCUGCCAGCUGUCUGGUAGGGCACCUGUCCAGGUGCAGUGGUGGCUGGACGGCACCUUGCUGGAGAACAGCCCCUUUAGUGAGAUAGAGCUGAGCCCGGGCCACAUCCACACGCUCACCUUAAAGAACCUGGCCACGGACGACUCUGGCACUGUCGCGUUCAAAGCCGGCAGUUUAACAGCAACAGCAAAGCUCUUAGUCAAAGAUCCCACAGUCGAAGUGGUGAGCGAGAUGGAGGACCUCCGGGUGCUUAAGAACCAACCGGCUGAGUUCAUCUGCCAGUACUCGCGGCCGGUCACGGCUCAGUGGAAGAAAGACGGCCGGCCGUUGCAGCCCGAUGGCCGAAGGGUGUUAGUGGAGCAGGACUGGAACGUGGCGCGCUUGUACAUUAGCCACGCGUCCGCCGAGGACGCGGGCGCAUACGCCUGCGAGGCGGAGGGGACUCGCGUGGUCGCUUCACUUUACGUGGAAGGCAAACCCAUUGACCUUGUCCAGGGCCUGGAGAAUGUGGAAACCUUCGACGGCGGUGAAGCGCUGUUCGAGUGCGCCCUCUCCCGUCCCGAGAGCAAAGACUGUCGCUGGCUCCUCGACGGGAAACCAGUCAAGGAGUCCCCUAAUGCUGAAAUCGUGACCUUUGAGAGCGGCCGUCGUCACCUGCUGCUGCUGAAGGAGUUGAGAGUGAGCGACAGCUGCACGGUGACCUUCAAAGCUGGCGCAGCAUCCACAUCUGCCCAACUCUCUGUCAAAGGCUGGCAGCUGGAUGUUGUGAAGCCUCUGGAGGACAAGGUGGCCGCAGUGGGAGAGAAGGUUGAGUUCUGCGUCGAGCUCAACGAGCGGGUCCCCGUGGCGGAAGUCGCCUGGUACGCCAACGGCGUUGAGAUCAAGUCCAGCGACCUCUGGGCUAUGAGGGCCGACGGAUGUUCUUAUCGCCUCGUCCUCAGGCAGGCGCCGCUUUUGCCGCAGCAGGAAAUUACGUUCGCUGCAAGAGAUGCCCUCUCUCUGGCCAAGCUCACCAUCAUCACUGUGUCUGAUCCUCCGGAGGACCCGGAGGUCCUCGGUAAGACGGAAAAGUCCGUCACCCUCUCUUGGUUCACUCCUUUACACGACGGAGGAAGUCCCAUCCUGGGCUACAGGGUGGAGAUGCGGCUGACGGACAGCGCCCUGUGGCUUCCGAGUCAUUCUGAACCCGUGUGCAACACAGAGUUCGUGGUUGAGAACCUCACCCCGGGGAGCGGCUACAGGUUUAGAGUGGCAGCCAUCAACAGAGCCGGGAUUGGAGAGCCCGUUGAGUUGCCUCAGACUGUGCAGCUGGGUGUCGAGGCAAAACAGGGAGAGCCUGAGACGAUGGGCCAACCCAGUCUGCCCCCGGAAGCAGCUGAAGAAGGCGACGUCCACGAGCUGUGGGAGGAAACGGCCAAGAAACGGCGCAUGAGCCGAGAGCCGACUCUGGACUCCAUCACGGAGCAACCGGAGGAGGUCGUGGGUGGUCAAAAUAAAUCGGCGCAGAAAGAUUCGAAGUCUUCCGAGAAGGUGGAAGUUAAAUCGGUCGAGCGAGCGCAGGCCACCGCGUCCAAGAAGCAGACGGCGUCCAAGUUGUUGACCGGCUCGGAGGACGAGUCUGUUCCCGGGGGUUCGACGCUCGUCUCCUACCUCAAGAAGAGCAGCAAGUCGACCGUCACAGCGACCAAUGAGGCCGAGGCCGAGGCCAUUUCCACCGAGAGGUUCUUUGAACAUUUCCAGAUGGCAGAGAAGAGAACCGUUGAAACGACCGCGAUUCAGCAGACGGACGCGAAACCGGCGCCCGCGGAGGAGACCGACGUCAUGGAGAUCAGCAAAGAGGACGAGCCCGAGCUCAGGGACGCGGCCAUUAAGAUCCAAGCUGCCUUCAAGGGCUACAAAGCCCGCAAGGUCAUGCGACCCGUCUUUAAAGACGCCUUCAAAGACCAGACCAAAGAACCCAACGGCACCAUUCAUCUCGAAUGUGUGGCGGAAGGCAAACCCGAUAAGAUGCGGUGGCUGAAGGAUGGAGAGCCGCUGCAGGACGGCAAGCACCACCAUAUUGAUAUCUAUAACGACGGCACCUGCUCGCUGGUCAUCACCGCCAUCGACACAAAGGAUACCGGCGUGUACACCUGUGAGGUCACCAACAAGUACGGAGUCACUUCUCACAGCGGUAAGGUCACAGUGGGCACGGCGAGAGAAUCUUCCGGGCGGCGGCCGCUGACCGUGGGCUACAGCGCCGACAGCGAGCCCGAGAGCUCCUCGGGGAGUGAGAUGGACGAGUCGCUGAGGCAGGCGAGCAGACGUCUCCGGCGCCUGCUGCGCACGCGCCUCCCGCCGGCCGUCGAGGAAGAGCCGUUUGUCAGCGCCGACGAAGGAGACCUGUCUCAUCCGGACCCGCACUCCUACAGAGAGGACGACAGCUACAUCUACAUUCGCUUCGACUCGCGGGCGGAGGCCGACGUGGCCUCCAAGAGGUUCCAGCAGAUGUUUACCAUCCACGGGGUGCCGGUGGAGACCACCAUCCUGGAGGCAGGGUUUCUCAAAGUGGAGCUGCGAAUCAAAAAGAUGGGCUACACGCAGGACGGCACACAGACCCCCACGCCGGAUAGACAGCCUCCUGCCUUUAUGGCCGGAGCAGCAGCCGCCCCGGUCUUCCUGACAGAGCUCCACAGUCAGGAUGUCCCCGACGGUUAUCCGGUCAGCUUCGACUGCGUCGUGAUCGGCAAGCCCACUCCCGCCGUUCACUGGUACAAGGACGGCAAGCUGCUCGAGGAGAACGACCACUACAUGAUCAACGAGGACCAGGAGGGCUGCCACCAACUCAUCAUCACCACCGUGCUGCCCACCGACAUGGGCGCGUAUCGCUGCACCGCUGAAAACGGCAGCGGCAUCGCAGCCACUAAGGCUGAACUCAGGGUGGACAUGUCGUGCAGCUCCGAUUACGACACUGCUGCUGAUGCCACUGAGACGUCUUCCUAUGUCAGUGCCAAGGGAUACAUGUCCAGGGAAACUGAGACGUUUGAGUCCGUGGCUGAAGACGAUCAGCUUCCACAAGUUGUGGACGAGCUUCACGACGUUCAUGUCAGUCCAGGUUCACCUGUCGCUAAGAUGCAGCUCAAAUUGAAGGGCUUCCCCAAACCCCGAGUAUACUGGUUCAAAGACAGCCACCCUCUGAGGCCUUCAGAGAGGAUCCUGUUGCUGGCGGAGAGAGACGUUCACGCCGUGGAGAUCCUGCAGGUGAAGAAAGAGGACAUGGGGGAGUACUCUGCUUACAUCAGCAACGCAGCUGGUUCCGCCUACUCCUCCGGCCGCCUGGUAGUUCUGAAUCCGGGGGAGAUGAUGCCACAAGUCAAAAGAGACCCCAAGGUGCCCCUGGUGCCACCCCGCUUCCUGGAAAGGUUCAGCAACAGGAAGGUGAAGCAAGGAGCCAGCAUCACUCUGUCCGUCAAAGUAGAAGGCUCCCCCACUCCGAUGGUCUCGUGGCUGAAGGAGGAAUCGAUGGAAGACGUCCUGUGGAUCAAGCCCGACACCAAGGGAUACAAAAUCGCCAGCUCGGGACGCCAGCACAGCCUCAUCCUGAUGGACGUGGGCACAGAAUACACGGGCGCCUACACCUGCAUUGCCACCAAUAGAGCGGGGCAGUCCAUCUGCACCGCCCACCUCGAGGUCGAUGACGUACCACAACCAAAGAAGACCUCAGAGGUUCUUGGAAUUACCGUUAGCGCUCCAGAGGAGGAGGCUGGCAGAGCAAAAGAGAUUAAAAUACCCUACCUCGGUGAAGUGGGCACAGAGGAAUUCCUCAUGAAACUCACCUCCCAGAUCACUGAGAUGGUAUCGGCGAAGAUGACGCAAGACAGCUUACAGAAUCUUGAAGUGCUCCAGUGGAUGAAAUCUUGGCCCAAAACUACCACUUCCUUGCGCGUACCAGGCGACAGCGACGAUGAGACCAAGACGCCUUCUCCGUCGCCUCAUCACGGGCGCUCUCGCCCUCCCUCUCUCAUCGCCGACUCCUCCUCCGAGUCCGACGAGGGGGACGCCAGAGGGGAGAUGUUUGACAUCUACGUGGCGACGGCUGACUACAACCCCACCUUAGCGAGCACAGAAGCCAUCGCUCUGAAGGUGGGGCAGUACGUCGAGGUGUUGGACUCUGCUCACCCCCUCAAAUGGUUAGUCCGGACCAAACCCACCAAAACGACGCCAUCCCGUCACGGCUGGGUCUCACCUGCCUACCUGGACAAGAAGCUCAAACUCUCUGCGGAUACGAGCGACCUUCCAGAGACAAACGUAGAGGAGGUGUCCGAGGGGGAAUACAAGAGGAAGUUAUUCCGACUCAUCCAAGACCUGAUGAAGGGUGAAGCCGAGUUCGUGAAAGAGAUGGACUUCUUCACCUCCCACCACCUGAAGCACGCCGACGGCCCCGACGCACCGCCCGACGUCAGCAGCCAGAAGGAAGCCAUAUUCAGGAACCUUGAUGACAUCAAGUCCUUCCACAGCAAGGCAUUCCUUCCGAAGCUGAACGACUGCGACACGGACGACGACGUAGCCAUGUGCUUCCUGAAGAACAAGGAGGGCUUCGAGAAGUACCUCCACUAUCUGGUCGGCCAGAGUCUGGCUGAAUGUGCCGUCAGCGACACGGCCGUCCACCGCUUCUUCAAGGAGUACACGGAGAAAGUGCAAGCCAGUGCAGACCCUGCAGACCCCCCAGUACGGAGCAUCAACGCCAGCCUCCAACAACCACUGGAGAGGAUUCAGAAGUACAAGGCCGCCCUGAAGGAGCUCAUCCGGAACAAGGCGAAAAAUGGCCAGAACUGCUGCCUGCUGGAAGAGGCGUACGCCAUGGUGUCUGCACUGCCCCAGCGCUCGGAGAACACCCACCACGUCACCAUGAUCGAGAACUACCCUGCCACGCUGGAGGUUUUAGGAGAGCCGAUGAGACAGGGGCCCUUCCAAGUGUGGGAAGGGGCUCCGGGAAUCAGGACGUCCUCUCGAGGUCACAACCGCCACGUGUUCCUGUUUAAGAACUACUGCGUCAUCUGCAAAGCCAAGAGAGACAGCAACACCGACACGCAAGCGUAUGUUUUUAAGAACAUGAUGAAGCUGAAUAACAUCGACGUGAACGAGACGGUGGAGGGCGACGACCGCGCCUUCGAGAUCUGGCACGAGCGCGAGGACUCUGUGAGGAAAUACACCUUGCAGGCCCGAACCGUGACCAUCAAGAACUCGUGGCUGAGGGACUUCAGAGAACUGCAGCAGCGAUACAGCACGCCUGCGUGGAGUCCUCCUGACUUUGAUGAAAUUCUGGCAAACUGCACAGCGGAGCUGAGACAGACAGUGAAGCUGGCCUGCAAAGUCACCGGCGUGCCCAAACCAGCUGUCACGUGGUACAAGGACGGACGCCCCGUGGAGGCCGAUCCUCAUCACAUCAUCAUCGAGGAUCCCGAUGGUUCCUGCACGCUGAUCUUGGACAACAUGACGGCCGACGACUCCGGCCAGUACAUGUGCUUCGCCACGAGCUCGGCCGGCAACGCCAGCACUCUCGGCAAGGUCACUGUUCAAGUGCCUCCUCGUUUUGUGAAUAAAAUGAGGAAUGCUAUAUUCGUUGCUGGGGAGGACACUCAGUUCACCUGCGUCAUACAGAGCGCCCCCAACCCCAAGAUCAGGUGGUUCAAAGAUUGCCGGCUGCUGACGGACCAGGACAAGUAUCAGACCUACAGCGAGCUCCGCAGCGGAGUUCUGGUCUUGGUGAUAAAGAACCUGAACGAGAGAGACCUCGGACGCUACGAGUGCGAGUUGUGUAACCGUCUGGGCAGCGCCAAGUGCGCCGCGGAUCUCGUCCCACCCUCCGCUGUGGCUCGCACUGGUGAGCAGGCCAUCACGAUCGAAGUUACUGAACAGGAGACGAGGAUACCAAAGAAAACCAUCAUCAUCGAGGAGACGAUAACCACUGUGGUGAAGAACCAACGUAUGAGGAGGCACAAGUCCCCCGGCUUCGCCGUCGCCGGAGCCCACCGCUCGGAGACCUCCACCCCAGAGGCCCCCGCGGCCAGGCCGAGGAGGAUGCCCACGGCGAGAAAGAGCGCCAUCCCCACCCUCUGCGUCACCGAGCCCGGCGGCGCCGAAGCCAGAGCCGCGGAGAGCAAGCCCCGGUGGAUCGAGGUGGAGGAGGUCAUCGAGUACAAGGUCAAUAAGUCCCCCAGGCUGUCCAGGAGGAGGGGCGUCUCGCCGGCGGGGUCUGAUCGCGCCACCGCUCCCUCCAGAUCUAAAAGAUCUCCGCCGGAGAACCCGAACGCAAACAAUUCCAACAACAAUCUGGUGGGGCAGGCCCAGGCCCAGGCCCAGCUGCAGGCCCAGGCCCAGCUGCAGGGCGACAGCCAGCCGCUCCCCUGGGAAGAAGAAGAAGAAGAAGAGGAGGGAGGCGUCGCCUCCGACUCCGGAGAGCCGCGCGAGAUCUCGUCCGCCCUCACGCCGGCCUGCGAAGACGGCGAGGACCCGGACGACGAUCAAACCGUCAUCUUUGAACCCGACGAUGAAGACGAGGAUCGUGUCUCGCCGGGGGAACGGGAGCCCGAGUUUCUGACGCAAGGCGGCCGCGUUUUGACCCUCGAAGACCUGGAGGAUUACGUCCCGGAAGAAGGCGAGUCCUACGGUUCCUCCGGCGCCCACAAGCCCGCCAAGGAAAAGCCCUGCGAGAUCUCCGUGCUCCAGAGGGAGAUCGGCGGCUCCACGGUGGGGCAGCCGGUGCUCCUCAACGUGGGGCGGCCCGUCGCCGCCCCCAGGCAGAGGAGCGGCGGCUUCUUCAGCCGCUUCAGGGAGCACCUCUCGUCCGGCGGCGUUUUCUCACCGGCGGCGUCGUCCCCGCAAGCCAGCGGAGGCCAGUCCCGGACGGAGAGGCGCGUCCCCAUCCAAGUGAGCCACGCCAAGAUCGAGGUGAAGCCGUCGUACCGCUCGGAGGUGCAGAGAGUGGAGGGCGGCCGGCGGAGCUUCAGAACCAAAGUGUCGACGCAGACCUUCGGCUACACGUCGGUGGGCAACCCGGUCACGCUGCAGAUCAGCGACGACCUUCGUCCGGACCAGUAGGAGCGAACGGAGAACCCUCUCAGUCUUAAACGGGGACAUUUCUACGACGUGAAGCAUCUUUGAACCGCUCCGUUCUGAAGAAGGAAAAAGAAUGUUCUAGGAGAAUGGUUCGUGUCACCAGACGAGCCGGAAAUUGUAUUUAAAUAUGUUACCUUGUUACAACCGAUUCGUGACGUGUUGAUCCAUACACAUGAUGGACGGAGAGGAAACGGAAGUUAUGGAUUGACUGAUUAACUAUUUAGUCGUCUGUUUUCAAGUGAAAUUCAAAUGUUUUUAAGUUUUAAAUCAUCACGAUUCAUUCACCUUCUCGAAAAAAUCGUGAACCUUGACCCACUAAUAUUAACUGAACCUGGCAUUAUCCUUAGUGAUGACUAUGUACGCGAACAAAUAAUUAAUAUAUACAUCUUUUUUUUUUUUUUUAGGGGGUUUCUGUUCAGUAAUGUCUCCUUUUGCAGUGCUUUAGCUUCCCGGAGCAGUGAGGUCACGUCUACGUGUUUUCUACGUCGACGGCCAAGUCAAUUUUAAAAAUAUGCAAUCGAAAAGGUUGUGCUUUAAAAAAAAAGAAAAUCUGAAACGUGAGUUUUUCUUCUUUUGGAGGUGUUUUGUGAAUUAUUUAUCGGUGAGCAGUUUUUUCUACAAACAUCUCUAACGAGCAGAAUCACCUGGAAGGUGGAUCCGUUUCACUGCAUGCGUCACUAAGUGAACGGUCCUUGUGUCUGGUAGUGUUGCGCAAUCACCCCGUGAAUUCAGUGCAUCACAGGGCCACAUGUAAGCGAAAGAUAUUUAUA